AUGAAAAACCUACAUUUCAGAGUCCUAACAAUGCUAAUAGGCCUUUAUUUUACCGGAACAAUGACAAACCCACCCAGAAAAAGCAGUCUUUUAUUCAGUUCGGAGUGCCAAUGGAAUGGGUAUCCUCUGACAAAUUGUUCUUUUACUGGAAAGGAUGAUAUCCAUGUGGACAGACCCCAGUCAGCAGCCACAGUGGACACAAGGGCCAGUUUCCUUAGGGCUCUCUUACGGUCACACAUGAGAAAAGACUGGAAUACAAAACGUCUGGACCUCAGUAACAAUCGCAUUCCAAACAUCACCUUAAGCCCUCUUGCACACUUCCAUGCUUUGGAAGUACUAAACCUCAGCAACAGUUCCCUCAGCUCCAUCGCAUUGGAUCUACACAGUGCUAAGUCCUCGUGGGGGAAACACCGCAGAAGCAGCUGGAGGCAUGGGCUUCCGUUUCUAAAGUUGUUAAUUCUUCAAAGAAACAAACUCGCCGACAUUCCCAAGGGACUGUGGAAACUGAAAUCAUUACAGAGUCUGGAUCUGUCCUUCAACAGGAUAGCGCAGAUCGGUUUGUCUGACCUUAGACACUGCCUGCGGCUGGAAAACCUCUACUUAAAGAGCAACAAGAUAUUCAGGAUUCAUCCAGAAGCCUUCAAGGACCUCAAGAAGUUACAGGUGGUAGACCUCAGCAACAAUGUUCUGACCACCAUCCUACCCAUGAUGGUCAUUGCUCUGGAGCUUCCCCAUCUGGAGGUGGACUUGGCUGAUAACCAAUGGCAGUGUGAUUAUAGCGUGGCAGCCUUCCAAAAGGUCAUUUCUGAAUCCUGGAGGAAAACAUGGAAUGUCAUCUGCAGUGAGUCUAUAGGGAACGAGAAGGCAGACCAGUGGACCCUCCAAAGCGAAAUUUCCAGGGAGACCCACCUUCCUCACCAUCCUGCAAAGCCUGUGAAAAGCUUCCCGCCUGGCCAAGCCAAAAGGCCCCAGGCAGGCUGGUUUGAGCACCCUGGCACCGUGCAGAGGAAGGGCCCCGCGGGCUCCCCGGCCAGCGAGAGGCCGCGCAGGCUGCCCAGAGGGGCUAGGAGCCCCAGGGAUGUGCCCACAGCUGGCAGACAGGGAGACACUUCCCAGGACCUCGCCCUGGCCAUCUGCCUGGCCGUGUUCAUCACGUUCUUCGUGGCUUUCUGCCUGGGGGCUUUCGCCAGGCCUUUCAUUGACAGACUGUGGCACCAGAGAUGCGCACGCAAAAGGCCCAGCUCGGACAACGCGGAUAACGCGUACUCAAACAAGGGCUUCUGUGGCGACAUUGAAGCUGCAGGGAACGCCCAGCACCCGAGAACAGAUCAGCCCCUCCCAGGGCCCGCCAGCCCCUGCGCUGCUGUCAUCCCCGACGGCCCUCUAGGAGAGGGCGGAAGGGAGCCUGGCAGGCGGCAGAGCAGGGGACCGUGUGGGGACAGCAGAGGGCCAGGAGGUGGGAAGGAGUACAUACUUCUGAGUGACAGCGCAGCCCAUUCCAUUCUCCAAGGACAGCCGAAUGCUGGUCAUAACCAACGAAUUCCAGCAGGGCAGGAUCACAUCCGCAGGGAAGAUGCUCUCGGGGAAGUAAAUUACGCAACUCUGGCCCCGGAAGGUUCUCCCAGUGCGCAUUCAGCGGGUGCCCCUGUGCGAGCUGGCAGAUUGCAGACGGUCUCUGGCUCAAUUCACAGUGACUCGAGUGAGUUAAACACACCGCUCUCGGGAGAAAUGGCAGCUUCUAUCUCUAAAAUGCAAACGCAUACGAAAGCACAGGGGGCUGGAGAGAAUGAGUGGUUACCUUCGGAGUUUUCCAAGGAAAUGCAAGUGGGCACUUACCUGAAUUUACUGGACGCACGACAGCGAGGGCUCCAGGGGGCCAGUGCUGAGGAAGGGCUUCCCGCCUCCCAUGGUGCGGUCCCACUCAGUGACGUGGAACCAGGGCAGAAACAUGCUCCUUCUGACCCUCAGUACCCAUUGGACAGCAGCUAUGAUUCUGAUUCUGAUGAAGGGUCUUUAUUUACUCUAAGUUCAGUGAGUUCAGAGGAUGCAAGAAAUGUGACCGAAGAAGAGGCACAUGGUGAGAAGAGCCACAGACCCAGCAAGCCCCCAGAGGACGAGGCCUCGGGGGUGAGGAAGGACAAUGUUACAUCAUUAGAGGACCCUGAGGACUAUAUCCCCUGCCAGAAGAUUCUGGAGAAGGAUGAGAAUCAGGAGGACUGUUUUGAAAACCCUCUCAUUUCUGGUCCAGACUCAGGCUUGUGUGAGACUCAUCUGGAAGGUGCCUCUAACACCGACACAUCUGAGGGUCCACUGACCCUGCCUGGGUCUCUGGGCAGUAGCAGUCCCUCCAGGGAUGAGACCCCAGGCACGGUCGUCUGUGAUUAUGCCAGAGCUCUCCAAUCUGAGGCCGUAGAGUGGCUUCACUCACUUGGAGACUUAGAUUUAAAUGUAGAUGUUGUACCACAAACACCACCAUGGUCCGCUGAAGUUCCCUCAGAUCCUGAUGAGAGCGACUGUCAUGAAAGAGACUCAGACAUUUGUAAAUAUGAACCUUGCCUUCAGGAAAUAAACACAGCUCAAAAUGAUGUUCCUCUCAAGAUCACUGCCGGUGAAAACUUAGCACCCUCACAACAAAAUUCGGAAGGGGGCAACAUGAAUCCCCACCUAACGGACACUGAUGCGAAUGAGGGGUUGGUAUGCACUCUUGAGGACUCGGAUUCCAGAAAGGUUAGAAGCCGCACACAAUUGUUACAAUCCUGUAGCGAUGAAACGGCUCUUCAGUGUGAAAGAGGAGAGGGGGGUUGUGCUGAAAGCCGUUCCAGAAGCCAGGUGCCAUUAUUACAAGAGCUCCCAAGUGAAACCAGUUCACCAGGAAUGCAGGAGCCCUUCAGUGGCAGAGACUGGGGUAAAUACUCAGAAGAGAACCUGUUGCAGUUAGAAAAUAUUCAAAUGCAGACCCAGGGCCACCUGUUGGGAGCUGGCUUGCUGUAUGAGGACCUGCUCUACUACGAUGUGGAACUUGAAAAUCAAAGGGAAUUCAAGUAA